AUGGAGCGUCCCCAAGGUGAUCUGGACCCACCCUAUCCCGAGAGAGUUCUCGAGGUAGGCCGAGUGACUUUGGGAGAAGAGAAACGGAAGAAGAUGACCAACACCUCUUUGAAAAGAAGAGAGAACGCUAAAAUCACCCAAGCUAUCUGUGCGCUCUUAAAUUCGGGAGGGGGCAUCGUUAAAGCAGAGACGGAUGAUAAGACGUACAGCUACCGCCGCCAUGGACUGGGGCAGGAUCUGGAAACUUCUUUUCAAAAGCUUCUUCCUUCAGGCUCACAGAAAUACCUUGACUACAUGCAGCAGCAACAUCAUCUUCUGAUUUUUGUGAAGUCGUGGAACCCGGAUGCUUUCAGGGUCCCCCUAAGGAUCUGCAGCCUGCAGUCCAAUUUGUAUCAGAGAGACGUGACGUCCGUCAUCAACCUGAGCGCCGGCAGUGCCCUGGAGUUUCUCCGAGAGCAGCAGUGCGGAAGACCAAGAGUGAAGGAGUUACACUCGCAGAGGGCCCCUGACAUGUGCGUUGAGGAAGAAGAAGAUAUGAAGACAUCGGCCUUGGAAUUCUUUACAAAGGACAAGCUCGUGUAUAAGGAGAAACUCAAUUUUACAGAGUCAACCCACAUCGAGUUCAAAAGGUUCACCACCAAAAAGAUUGUGCCUCGGAUGAGAGAAAUGCUGCCUCGUUAUGUUGCUGCCUUUGCCAACACCCAAGGGGGAUACAUCAUCAUUGGGGUGGAUGAUCAAAGCAAAGAAGUGUUUGGCUGUAAGAAGGAGAAAAUAAACCCCGACUUACUAAAAAAAGAAAUCGAAAACUGCAUCGAGAAACUGACCACAUUCCACUUCUGCCCUGAGAAGCCAAAGGUGAAUUUCACGACUAAAAUUUUGAAUGUGUAUCAGCAAGAUGUCCUGUAUGGCUAUGUCUGUGUGGUGCAAGUGGAGCCCUUCUGCUGCGCAGUGUUUGCAGAAGCUCCGGAUUCAUGGAUCCUGAGGGACAAUUCUGUCACGAGGCUGAUGGCCGAGCCCUGGGUAGCUCUGAUGCUGAAUGUUCAGUCAGCUCCUUCCAGCUGGGCCACAGAUGACAGCUCUCGCCUGAUCCCACCAGUACUGUUGGCACCCAGAGCCCGAGGAUGUCCCGUGAAAGUCCUGGAAUUCAAGGAGUCUCUGCAGCAGCGUUCGUUUCCGGUGCCACAGGAAGAGAUACAAUUUAAACCAGAGCCCCUCUGCAAGAAGUUAUUCUCCAGUCACGAGGGCCUGGAGGAAUUAAUGAAGACCCAGCUGCCUCCUUGUUCACAGGGGAUUGUAAUAUUUUCCAGAAGCUGGGCUGGUGAUGUUGGCUUAAAGGAAGAGCAGAAUGUCCUGUGUGACGCGCUUCUGAUAGCAGUGAACAGCCCCCUGGUGCUCUACACGAUCUUACAAGAUUCCGGGUGGGUUGGAGGAUUUGAAUAUGCCCGGAACACGGCUCGUGAGUUAAAGUGGAAGCUGGAAACUGUUGGAGGUUACACAGGGAAACUGUGCAUCAUUCCAAAGCCGAUGCACCUGACCAGAACCCAGUCCACGUCCCGUGAGAAGCCUGUGCACUACCCCCACACCUACCGACUUGUGAAUCGGAAAGAGACGGAAGACUUGCUGCAGGCCCUCGUGGUGGUCUCCUUGGGCUCUCGGUCUUUCCUGAGUGCCCGGCUGGGAUGCGAGUUCCUCGACUUGCUCGUAGAGGAGCAGUGUGAGCUGCUUUCAGAGAGCCUGCAGGAGACCCGGGAACUGUCCGUCCACUGCUUUCCCGGAACCCGGAGAACAGCCCUCGCCGUCAGGAUGAUGGAGAAAAUGAAGAGCUGGUUCCGCUGCACACCACAAGAGAUCCUCUACGUUUGUGAAAGUGACGCCUUAAAGGAUUUUGUGGCCCAACAAACCACCUGCCAAGCAGUGACCAGGAAAACGUUUAUGCGCGGAAAGUUCCCAAUGAUUAAACACAUAGUAGUGGAUGAAACUGAGACUUUUUGCAGUCAGUAUGAUGAUUGGUACACAAAGGCUAAAAAUAUCACCCAUCCGAAGGGGAAGGGGGCUGGGAGUGAAAACCUUCCACGGGGGAUUCUCUGGAUUUUUCUGGACCCUUUCCAAGUCCAUAAUGUAGAUGGCAGCGGCCUUCCCCCGCCAUCAGCUCAGUUUCCUCGGAAAAUUGUCCAGGGGAUCCAUUGUGCCCUGGAAAUAGCCAUGGUCAUGAAAGAGGAAAUGAAGAGGAUCAAAGAAAAUCCUCCUCGCCACAUGUCCGCAGAGGCACCGGCCUUGUUCCAGGAAGCUGCCUACGAGGAAGCAGUGUGUGCCCAGGCUCUGCUGGGGGCGUGCGAGACGGAGACCAACGUGUCAGAAGAACAAAUCGUGAACUCCGUGGCAGAAAGAUGCCAUGGUCUAUUCCAGGGUGGCUACAUGCCCAACGAUAUCGCAAUUCUGUGCAAGACAGAGGAGGAUAGAGAGCGUUAUGAACUUGCGCUGCGAAAAGCAAUGGCAUUAACUGAGAGCGAUGGAGCAGGGACGGUUGGGUUUAAUCGGGCUGCUGAUGUUGGAGGAAGUCACAUGGUGCUAGACAGUCUUCAGAAGUUUUCAGGCCUACAGAGGAACGUUGUGUUUGGCAUUAGUCCAGAAAGCACACUGUCAGAGAGGUUUCACAGGCUCUGCUUUGCCUCCAGAGCCACGAAACACCUCUACCUGUUUUACGAAAAGAGGGGAGCCUUCUGAAAGUCCUGCCGCUGACACAGGACGCGAGAA